GACCGCGGUUUCGCGCGCCCCGCCCCGCCCGCUCCAGCGCGCCGCAGUUGCAUGGGGCGCCGCCGGCGGCCGAGGGAGCGUGACUGCGCUGCGCAGGGCGCUAGGAGGCAUUGUCGCUGCACGGGCCCCCUUGUGAGCAGCAGACCGGCCUGGUGGCUGGUGGCAGGACCCCCUCGCCUGCAUGCUGAAGAAGAUGGGUGAGGCCGUGGCCAGAGUUGCAAGGAAGGUCAACGAGACUGUGGAGAGUGGCUCUGAUACCCUGGAUCUGGCCGAGUGCAAGCUGGUUUCCUUCCCCAUCGGCAUCUACAAGGUCCUGCGGAAUGUCACCGACCAGAUCCACCUCAUCACGCUGGCCAACAACGAGCUCAAGUCCCUCACCAGCAAGUUCAUGACCACGUUCUGUCAGCUCCGAGAGCUCCGCCUGGAAGGGAACUUCCUGCACCGCCUCCCCAAUGAGGUCAGCACCCUGCAGCACCUCAAGGCCAUCGACCUCUCCCGGAACCAGUUCCGUGACUUCCCCGAGCAGCUCACCACCUUGCCAGCACUAGAGACCAUCAACCUGGAGGAGAACUACAUCGUGGGUGAGCGGCCCUGGCCAUGUGGCCUCUGCAGCUCCCACUGCCUGCACUUCCUCCCCCUGAGGGGGACAUGGGGCUUUUGGGUCAGACUGUCACAGACAAGAGGAUGUGCCUGUGGAGAAGCUGGCCACCAUGCCCGCCUUGCGCAGCGUCAACCUCCGCUUCAACCCCCUGAGCUCUGAGGUGCGCGUCAUCGCUCCGCCACUCAUCAAGUUCGACAUGCUCGUGUCCCCCGAGGGUGCCCGGCCCCCUCCACCUUAGGCUUCCCUUCUCAUGGCCACCCGGCAAGGGACUGAGGCCACCUGGGCUGGCACCCUGAGGGGAGGGCGUCCCACAGGCCCCUGGGAGGCCAAGCCUGGGGUGGGGGGUGCUGGGGGCGGGUGGGCCAGAGAGCCCUGCUGGAAGGGGGCGCAGCCAGCCCGGGAUAGAUAGCUUAGAGCAGUAGUGGGCCCUGGGGUCCCCAGGGGCUGGAGCCUGGAUGCUGGGCACCUGCAGCUUCUGUGUGCAUCUGGACAGACGCCCACCCUCUACGAGCCUUGUUUGGGCAAAGGGGCAGCGGUGGGGGUGGGGGCUUUGCCAGUCCUUUGAGCUCCUUGAAGGCUUUUUGGGCAACACUUGCCUUCAGGUCAUCAGGCCCCUUCGGAGCCCGCAGAUCACUUUCUGGGCCACUGUGGGUUUGAGGCCUUGCUUCUGGCACUGAGAGCCAGCUGCCACCCUGAGAGGACUAGAAGACAACCUCCCUCUGUUUAUUGCUUCCUGAGGAAUGACCUGCAUGGGGCCCUCUACAGGGCGCCAUCUGCAGCCCCAUGGGUCUCUGGAUUGGCGGGAGCCGGUGCCAGGAGUCGUGGGAACGCUGUGGGGAGAGUGUGGCUCUGUGCUCGAGCUGGGCUGCGGACGUUUAUAGAGGAGCCCAAGGCCCAUCAGGCCAGGAAGAGGAGCAGAUCAGGUCCUUGGUGAUGAAGACAUGAGCGGGGCAGGCAGUUCUGAGGGCUCCGCAGGACAGACCAGGUGUGCCUGGCAUCAGCCCUUAUAGCCACACAGGAGGUGGCCCAGGAGAAGCCAAGCCAGUCGUGCCUAUGGCUUGGGUGCAAGGUAGUUGGGUACCACCAUGGUCUCCUUCUGACAGCAGCCUGGCCGCCUCCUCAUUGGUCCCCCCCGGGGCAGAACGCACUAUAGACCAUCGGAUUUGUGGCUAGCCCACUCCCAAGCCUCCACCCAAAACCCUGCACCUAGUCACUUCUGGGCCCUCCACCUGGGGUCUAGGAUGUGGCCGGGCCAUACGACUGGGACUGAGAGGUUUCCCGGGACAUGGGACUGCAGUGCUCCCGCUGAGACAGUACCUGGCAAACAGGGACAGCUGGUUUCCUAUGAGCAAGGGGCUUGGGGCUCUUGCUGAUCAUAUCUGUGGUGUGGAGAACCCCGACCUCUUGAUCCCCCAGACAUCUACCUCCCACCUUCUCAUCUGUGGAGCCAACAGACUUAGAGCCCAUCUGGCCUGGACCUUUGUCUUGGUCUGUGGGAGAUACAUGAGACCCCAGGACAUGGGGCAGGCCAGGCCACCCAACCCUACAUCCACACAUUGGAAGCCACACUUCCAUACCCAGGGUCAAGCUUCUCCCAACCCCAGACCCUCCUUCUCAGAAUGCCGUGUUCCUUGGCCCCUCCCCAGCCCUGGGGCCCGCCUCUGCUCAGGCCCCCUGCCUCCUAGCAAGGACUGACAGGUUGGACCAUUGUUGGCUCAGAGUGCUCAGCGUCCCAAGAGAUGCUGUGUUGACUGUGCUCUGGGAAAGGGGUUUGCAGGGCAGGGAGGUCCGAUGGAUCUUCAGGCCUGCAGGGCUCCGCUGUGGACAAGUGGGAACUGUGGCCCCAUCCGGGCUAGCCUGGCCUGGCCUCCCGACCCUGUGUCGCGGCAUCAAAGAAGAAGUGCACUUUUCUGAGAGGCACAAAGGCACUGUGUGGCCAGAGCCUCGCAACUCAGAGUGUGGUCUGGGGACCAGCAGCACUGGCAUCCAUGGGAACUUGUUAGAAAUGCAGAAUCCCAGGCCCCAUGCCAGACCUCCAGCAGCAGCACCUGCAUUUCAACAGGAUUCCUAGGUGAUUCCUAGAAGCACUUUAUCGUUUGAGAAGCCAGGGCCUAGGGGUGACCCUGGGCUCAUCCUUGGAGUGGAGGACAGAGGUUCUCAGCCCUUCCCCUGCUACUCCAGGUCUCUGAGGCUGUGCCCACUCCCAUCCCUAAACCAGCCCCAGGACACCUCAGGCCUCUCAGAUCUUUUCAGAGUCCACGUGACUCUUGCAGCGAAGGGAAUGACCUGAAGUCCCCAGGAGAUGAGGGUUGGGUUUGCCUGGCCCUCUGGCCACUGCCUUUCUGGUUACCCUCCGCAUAGCCAGCUCCUGCUUCCCCACGUCCUCACAUCAGGCCCUUUUGAAGGGGUUGCUUCUGGAAGUUGUUUUCUAUUCUGCUGGGAGAGUCUGCCCUUGCCUGUGUGGGAAAGCCUGAGGUGCAGAAGAAGCCCCCAGAUCAGAGCCCACAGUGUAAAUGAGCCCUUAGCUUCAGUCUGCAAUAAAGAACGCUUUGGUUUCA